AUGCAGUCUGGAAUAACAGCUUCCCAAGAACUUCACACGGCGUUCAAGACGUUCGUAUCUACGGAAUCGCAAAGAGGUCUUCUCUGUACCAUCACUGGGGAAAGACUCACCCCUUCCGCUAUCCUCGAACCAUCCACAUCAUCCUUCGACAAUGAUCUCGACCUCCUAGCCCCUCAUCUCCAAGAAAAAGCUGCUUUAUAUAUAAUACUUCGUCGCUAUCCCUCCAAUGAUCCCGCCCCUUUCGUUGCCAUAACCUAUGUUCCCGACUCUGCGCCUGUGCGUCAGAAGAUGCUGUUCGCUUCUACACGUCUUACCUUGGUUCGAGAAUUGGGAAUCGAGCGAUUCAGAGAAACAAUAUUCGCGACUAUGAAGGAAGAGUUGACAAAGGAAGGGUUCGCUAAGCAUGACAAGCAUGUUAAAUUGGCCGCGCCAUUGACAGAGGAAGAACAAAGUCUGGGUGAGGUAAAGAGGAAGGAGGCAGAAGAAGGCAGAGGUAUGAAUGAGAGGAAGAGUCAUGUAAGUAGCGGCAUUAGUAUGCCAGCUACACCAGAUGCAUUAGAAGCCUUAAAGGGGCUCAAUCAGGACGGCGCACAUAAUUUGGUUCAGAUUAAAAUGAACAUUGCGCAAGAGACCAUGGAACUUGCUUCAAAGACACAAACAUCUAUCUCAGAGCUCAGCAGCACUAUAUCUGCCACCGAGCCUCGAUUCUCUUUCUAUCGCUAUACUCACGACCAUAACGGCUCAACUUCCUCUCCAAUACUAUUCAUUUAUACUUGCCCUUCAGGAUCCAAGAUAAAAGAACGAAUGAUCUAUGCAUCAUCGUCUCGAUCCGCUCAACAAUUAGCUGAAUCAGAGGCAGGACUCACCAUUGAGAAAAGACUCGAAGCUGGAUCUCCUGAGGAUAUUUCUCAAGAGAGUAUCGAUUCAGAUUUACAUCCUAAGGCAGAGGUGAAGAAAGCGUUUGCCAGACCUAAGAGACCUGGAAGAGCAUAG